AUGGCGCGGGACAAAUUUGAACUAUCAGACAUGAAUGAUUCUCAAACAGACCUCACCCCAGCAGCGAGGAGGGGGCGAGGCUGCUUUGUCAGCCUGCCAAUUGCCUUCGUUCUGGUGUUGCUGGCUGCUGUAGUUGCUGUAGGAGUGGGCAUCAUUGUCCACUUUGCCGGAGGAGACAGGGAUGUGGUAUGUCACUGCAUGGGGUCAGACACGGUCCCAGAGAGACCUUCCGCUGACCAGAUCAAGCAGGAGUGUAUUGCGCAGGCGGGGGCAGGAGAUCAAGAAAUAUGCAAAGCAUGCCAGGGUGCGUCCACUCCAGUAUCGCCGACAUCAGUUACUGGCAGUGCAACAGCAGCAGGGACAACAACUUCAGCAUCUGGGUCGAAUACAGGAGCACCAACAACAUCCACACCACCCAAAGUCACGGACGUCCGCCUGCCCACGGCCGUCUACCCCCAGCACUAUGACGUGGAGCUCUUCCCUGACAUGUCUGACCUCAACCCCGACAACUUUACGUUCAGGGGCAGCGUGAAGAUCGUGGUGAGGUGUGACAAUGCAACUGAUAACAUCACUCUACAUGUCAACGUACUCACUGUCAACACAUCAACCAUCAGGUUCUACCCAGAGACACCAUCAGCCACUGGAGAUCCUAAGUUUGUCUCCUCCGAGGUAGAUAAGGACAGGCAGUUCUUUAUUCUCAAACUGGACAAGGACAUGCAG